CCAGAACCUUCUUGCUGUGAGGCGACCGUGCUGACCACUUACACCACCGUGCCCACCACCGUGCCGCUUUUAGAAAAUGCAUGGGGGAUUAAAGAGAGAAAACAGUGUAUAGCCCUAUGUGCAGAAUCCACAUGACAUUACCAGUCAGUUAACCAGUUCAGUACAAAUUACAGACACAUCGGGCAAAGUUAAAAAACAAAACAAAACAAAGGCAUUAUAUUUAGUUGAGAUCAAAGCUUUGUAUGCACAGCUUUAUGCACACUUAUUAAGAUGCUAUUACGCAUGCAUUACAUGUGAUUAUUACCAUAGCUUUAGGACAACCAGCUGAGACUGAAUAUAAUUUAUCAUGUAGGCUAUUAUUUCUUCACCACACAAUGAAUUCCUACUGCUUAAAGAUCUAUAUCAGAGUGCAGAGAGAGGAGGAGGAGGAGGAGGAGAGUCACCCAGCUGUCCUGUGCACCACAAAAAGUGGGCGGAUGGAAGGGUCCCCCACCUCCUUCUCUGCCAAUGGCGAAGCGAUGAGAGAAGACCGGGUUGUGCGUGUGUGAUGUGAUUUGCAGUCUGCAAUCUGUAGAUCCCCGGUAACUCGCGCUGAAGCACGCGCGGACAGCCCGCAUACGGUACACGCACGCGCACGUACAGAGGCACGAGCACACACCGCGUCCGUACCGUAUAGGCAGGAGAUGCAGGAGCGCCACGGACUGCUCUCCACCGACAACGGCAACACCGAAGCGCUUCUUGGCUUUCCGCAGGAUCCGGAAACCCGGGAAGGACCCCCGAGCGAAGCACGCGCCUCGUCCUGCUGUCCCAUGCCACCACCAUGCGCGUGCUUUCGCCGCGCGCCGCUCUUCUGUCGGUCUCCUACUCUCAGCUCUUCCUCAUCCUCAGCAGCGGCAGCUACCUGGCCCUAUCUUCAGUGGUGGCUCUGGGUGCCAAUAUUAUCUGCAACAAAAUCCCCGGACUGGCCCCCAGACAGCGCGCCAUCUGUCAAAGCCGCCCGGACGCCAUUAUUGUUAUCGGUGAGGGUGCUCAGAUGGGCAUCAACGAGUGUCAGUACCAGUUCCGCUAUGGUCGAUGGAACUGCUCCGCCCUCGGUGAGAGGACCGUCUUUGGCCAAGAGCUGCGAGUGGGCAGCAAGGAAGCAGCGUUCACCUACGCCAUCACCGCAGCUGGAGUGGCCCAUGCAGUCACAGCAGCCUGCAGUCAGGGCAACCUGAGCCACUGUGGCUGUGACAGGGAGAAACAGGGCUACCAGAACCAAGAGGAGGGCUGGAAAUGGGGUGGAUGUUCUGCCGAUGUCAAGUACGGAGUUGAGUUCUCCCGUCGCUUUGUGGACGCUCGUGAGAUUAAAAAAAACGCCCGCAGGCUCAUGAACCUGCACAACAACGAGGCAGGCAGAAAGAUUCUGGAAGAGAGGAUGAAGCUGGAGUGCAAGUGCCAUGGCGUCUCGGGUUCCUGUACCACAAAGACAUGCUGGACAACAUUACCUAAGUUCCGUGAAAUUGGCUAUGUGCUGAAAGAGCGGUAUGGUGCUGCUGUACAGGUGGAGGCAGUGCGAGCCACACGCCUGCGCCAGCCCUCCUUCCUGCGUCUGAAGCAGUCACAUGGCUACAUCAAGCCCACUGACACAGAUCUGGUGUAUCUGGAACGCUCUCCCAACUACUGCGAGGAAGACGCGUUGACAGGCAGUACAGGGACCAGGGGCCGCCUCUGCAACCACACCUCACCCCACCUGGAUGGCUGCAGCCUCAUGUGCUGUGGUCGUGGUCACGACACACACCAGUAUACACGAGUGUGGCAGUGUAACUGCAAGUUCCAGUGGUGCUGCUUUGUCAAGUGCAACACCUGUAGUGAAAAAACAGAGGUGUUCACUUGCAAAUGAGAACAAGCAAAAUAUGGGUAGAGGGGCACAGAAGCAUGAAGUGGAAGUGAGAAGAAGCUCAGUUUGUUAUGGCUUUGUUUUGCACAUCAGGUACUUAUUGCAGGGGAAUGGGACAAAAUUAAAAGAGGAUGAGUCUUUUGGAAAAAAGUGCACUGUCUACGGUCUGACACAUCGUAUGAGUUUGUGCUAUAUGUGGGACCACACAGAGUGAAAGGAUUUCAUAGCUCAGAGUGUCUGAGGCCAUUGGAAGAAUUUUCUGAGGAUCUGAUAGUGGCUGUUUUUGCAAGAUUAUGUCAGACAAAUAAGCUGAUAAAAGGACAAGAACUAAUUCUAAAGACUGGAGCUGGUGAUCAAGACAACAUCUGUGGAUGGAAAGGAGAAAAGACUGAUGUUUUCCUCAACAUAACAUGCUGGAUUAUUUCAAAUGUUCAGUCACACUGUAUCUGUUUGAACACUGAAAAAGACUGACCUUCUCUUCAUCCCCUUUUGGAGAGAGAGAGAGAGAGAGAGAGAGAGAAAACCCCUAAACUGCAUAGUUCUCGUCCUGACUUUGUUAAGGCAGAUGUUUCUUUUAUAACUUUGAAAAAUUGUUGCUACUGAUAUGUUGUUGUUCUAUUUCCAUAGCUCAAAAUAUUUCAGUACAAUUGUGUAAUAAUAAGAACACAAAGAAACCAGGUGUCAGAUUCAAAGUUGGCAAACAAGUAUUUAUUUUCCCUGCUUUUCUUUGCUGCUCACUGAUAGAAAACAGGCCAGCUAAGUCCACAGCCAACUGGACAAGAUGUCAUGGAGUCACUGAAUGUGUUGCUGAUUGCUGUGGUGGGAUGUGUGAUGUUCUGUUUUUUUUUUUGUUUUGUUGUGGGCCUCAAAGAAAAAAAAAUCGCAUACUUUUGUGAGAAUGGUUAAUGCCGAAAAAAACCCCACGAUAUACUGAAUCAAACCACCACAAUAUGGCAAUGAGACAUGCAUUCUCUGUUCAUCUCAGUGUGUAAAUGUGCCUUUUGUGCAUGCACAAAAGUAUGGGAAUGCAAGAGAGCUGGUAAAAUACUUCAUGGAAAUGAAAUCGGGUGACCAAAGUAUGCACAGAAUAUUCUCACAAAUGCCAGAGACAUGGGAUUCCACAUCACUGGCCCAGCUUGCACAACCCCCCCCCAUACUCUGCCUGAGCCAAUGGAAUUUGCCUAACCAUACAGCUGGGGGCUGAAAAGAUUCAUGGGUAGCAACAUUCUUUUAUUCAAAAUUGUUUAUGCAAGGUUUAGGGCUGGCAAAUUUGAAAAAGUAUAUUUUUUUACACAGAAAACCUGGCACUUUAUGUCAUGUAUAUUCAGAAAAAGAGUAAUUUUUAUUAUUUUCCUUAUUAUAUAUUAUCAUUGUUUAUGAUUUGAACCAUUAAUUAUGCUGAAUUUUGUCCCAAAUUAAUUAUGUACACACUUUAAUUUUUUUCCCCCCACACUAGCCCAAUUUUCUUAACUGACUUUGAACUUAAACCCAUCUCACCCUUUUGUAGUCUGGUUUUAUGUGUAGUAUCACAGCAACAU